GGUCAAUAGGCAACACAAAUCACUUCACCAUGAAGUCGAUCACACUGGUAGCGUUGGCGGGCCUCGUAGCACUGGCUGCAGGUUACGUCGUGGUUCCUGAAGCAAAGGUAAAAUACGCCGACAAGGAGUUUCUGGUGAAGCAGAAGAAACUGUGGGAAGUGUUCCAGCAUGUGCAUCAGCACGAAGUGCAUACCGAGUUGUGGGAAGUUUCCAAGCAGUACAAGAUUGAAGACCACUACGAGUACUACACCAAUGUGGAGGCCGUGAAGGAGUUUGUCGAGAUCUACCAACACGGAAUGCUGCCGUUCGAUGAAAUCUUCAGUAUUGUGCACCACACCCACCGCCAGCAGGCCAUUGCACUAUUCCAUUUGUUCUACUAUGCCAAGGAUUGGGAUACUUUCUACAACUCGCUGGUCUGGGCUCGCUUCCACGUGAACGAGGGUAUGUUUGUCUACGCCGUAACCGUUGCCGUUCUGCACCGUAAGGACCUGGCUGGUUAUGAAUUGCCUUCUCCGUACGAAAUCUAUCCGUACUACUUCUUCAAUAGCUACGUUAUCCAGAAGGCUGCCCAGUACAAGAUGCAAGGAUUCUACGGUAUGAAGAAGGUCGACGAAGUCUACACUGCCAUCAUUCCCACCAACUACACCGGCUGGUACGUCCACACCAACGUUGAUCAGAAGGUUUCCUACUACACCGAGGAUAUUGGUCUGAACACUUACUACUACUAUUUCCACGCUGACUAUCCAUUCUGGAUGGGAGGCAAGGAAUACGGACUGUACAAGGAUCGUCGCGGUGAGCUGUAUCUGUUCAUCCACCAGCAACUGCUCGCCCGCUACUAUUUGGAGCGUUUGUCCAAUGACCUCGGCGUGAUCCCGGAAUUCUCCUGGUACAAACCGAUCCCUACCGGAUACUAUCCAAACAUGCAGUACUACAACGGAAUUAGUUUCCCAUCGCGUGACAACUACCACACCGUCUACACACCGGAGAAUUACUUCGAAAUCGAUGAACUGAUUGACUACGAGCAUCGCAUCCGUGAAGCCAUCGAUCAGGGAUACAUCAUCGCUCCCGAUGGAAGCCAUGUCGAUCUAACCAAGCCGGAAUCCGUCGAGUACCUCGGAAACUUGAUCCAGGAAAAUCCGGAUAGCGUGAACACUCGAUACUACAAAUACGUCGGUGAAAUCGCUCGUGUCCUGCUAGGAGCAUCUGUCGAACAUUUCGAUGAACACAAGGUCAUCCCGGGUGUGCUGGAACAUUUCGAAACCUCCCUGCGCGAUCCGAUGUUCUACCAGUUGUACAAGCGUAUCAUCCAUUGGUACUGGGAGUUUAAGGACCAUCUGCCGCAUUAUGCCUACGAUGAGAUCAACUUCCCAGGAGUAAAGAUCGAAACUGUUGAGGUCAACAAACUGGUCACGUACUUUGACCGCUUCGAUGCCGACAUCACCAAUGCCGUCGAUGUUGAGGUCUUCGACGAAGUAACCAUGAAAAAAUCGGACAUGAAGAAGUUUGGUAAAAUCGCUCACUACCAAGGUGAGGACUUUGUGAUCAAGGCACGCCAGUGGCGUCUAAACCAUCUACCGUUCACCGUCAAACUGAAUGUGGUUUCGGACAAGGUCGUCAAGGGUGUGGUUCGAGUGUAUCUGGGACCGAAAUACGACCAGUACGGACAUGUGUACGGAGUCAAUGAGAACCGUGAGAACUUCGUUCUGCUGGAUGUGUUCCCGUGGGACUUUGUCGUCGGAAAGAACACCAUCAACCGUGAAUCGAUCAACUUCUCGAUGUUCGUCCAGGAUCGCACCAGCUACUACGAGCUGUACAAGUGGCUCAUGGCUGCCUCGACCGGUGAGAAGAAGUUCCCGCUGGAUAUGACCGAAGCUCACUGUGGACUCCCGUCCCGAUUGAUGCUACCGAAGGGCAAGAAGGGCGGUAUGCCAUUCCAGUUGUACUUUAUCGUGUCGCCGUAUCAUGCUCCCACCGUUCCGCAGUACGAGGGUUACGACUGGACGCUGAACUGCGGCGUCGGUACUGGCGCUCGCUAUGUCGAUUCACUGCCAUUCGGAUAUCCCUUCGAUCGGCCGAUCGACGAAAAGGUCUGGUUUACCCCGAACAUGUACUACUACGAGACGAUGAUCUUCCACAAGAACGAGAAGGAAAUCAACGCCGUGGUUUGAUGAGAUUGCGCUGACUGAAUGGGAUAUUGGUUAAUAAUAAAAUAACAUUUAAUAUUACAA